CACUUUUCCCUGAAACAAAAGGCACAUGAUGUAGCCUCUCCUCUCAAAGGGGUUCCAGGCACAUCUCUUCCUAAAGAAGGUUUCUAAGAAAUGCACUUAAAUCACAAGUCUGAGGGUUUGUUUUUUACCACCUCCUCCUUCCCCCUCCCCUUUACAGUACUUUCUGAACCAAAAUCUGGAUUUGGAGAGUCACUCCCCUGUUCCUGCAGUGCCACAGUUGUUCAUUAUUCAUAGUCCGGGGCGUGUCCUAAGCAGGGGUCCUAUAUAGGCGAGACCUUCAGCCGCAUGAGAGAACAGAUGGGAGCCAAGAGUUACUGAGAGUAGAAGCAAAUAGCAGGCAACAAAGAGAAUAAAAAAAGAGGGGAACUCGCUUUCUUCAUUUAUUAUUAUUUUUUUUCUCUCUCUCUCUCCCUCUCCUCUUGUUUCCCAACCCUCUCUUCUCCUUUCUCCCCUCAGUCAUUUUUGGAUCCACUCUUUUCUUCUUCUUCUAUUUUUUUUUCUUCUUUGCUGGGGACUUCUUCCUUUUGAAGUCUUGAUUUUUUUUUUAUCUUUUAUUUUUUUUCAUUCUCGUGUGGCAAAAAAACCCCAACCAACCAACCCCCGCGAUCUCUAUGCUAAAUAGUGACAAGCCAAGAGAGUUGGAGGAUCCUGAGGGAGGAAGAUACAAGUUUUUUUUUUGCUGUUUUUAAUUUUUUGGUGGCCGGCGGAGCUUCCGAAAGCCUUCAUCUUCUGGGAGGGGGAGCUGCGGCCCUCCCCGCUCGGCUCUCGCGUGCGUGUCCUGUGCCCUCGUGGUGCGUGGCUGUGCCUCUGCCCCGCUCUCCGGGCUCUCCCCACCCCCUGCGUGCCCGCGGUUGUGCCGCGUCGGGGGGCGCCCGUGUGCGUGCGUGUGUGUGCGCGCAGCUCCGCGCCUCGCCUCGCCUCGCCUCGCUCCGGCCCCCCGUGCCGGUUGCCAUGGUGCCGCGGCUCGACGUGCAGGGGGCAGUGGCGGCGCUGGCGCUGCUGAGCCGGCUGGCGCUGACGCUGGCGGGGCCGGUGGUGCGGUGCGAGCCGUGCGACGCGCGGGCGCUGGAGCAGUGCAAGCCGCUGGCGCCUGAAUGCGCGGAGCGGGUGCGGGAGCCGGGCUGCGGCUGCUGCCUGACGUGCGCGCUGCGGCCGGGCCAGGCAUGCGGCGUGUACAGCGAGCGCUGCGGCGCCGGCCUCAGCUGCCAGCCGCGCCGCGACGAGCCGCGGCCCCUGCAGGCGCUGCUGGAGGGCCGGGGGCUCUGCACCAACGCCACGGCGGCCGCCCGCCUCAGGACCUUCCUGCUGCCCGCGCCCCACGCCGCAGGAAAUUCCAGUGAUUCAGAAGAAGACCAGAACGCCAGUAGCAUAGAGAAUCAAGCUAUUCCCAACUCUCACAGAGUGUCAGAUUCCAAAGCUCAUCAACACCACACCAAAAUAGAUAUCAUCAGGAAAGAACAAGCCAAAAAUACUCAGCGCUAUAAAGUGGAAUAUGAUUCACAAAGUACAGACACAUUGAAUUUCUCUUCUGAAUCCAAACAAGAGACUGAAUAUGGUCCGUGCCGUAGAGAAAUGGAAGACACAUUAAAUCACCUUAAGAUCCUGAAUGUCUUGAGUCCAAGAGGAUUCCAUAUUCCAAACUGUGACAAGAAGGGUUUCUACAAGAAAAAGCAAUGCCGCCCUUCCAAAGGCCGAAAAAGGGGUUAUUGCUGGUGUGUGGAUAAAUAUGGACAGCCACUCCCUGGAUAUGAUGGUAAAGGAAAAGGAGAUGUCCACUGCUAUAACUUGGAAAGCAAAUGAGUGUCAGAAGCCAUCUCCUAUGGAAUCUGUGUGCCAUUUUGACCCAUCAGAGACCUUGGAGGGACUGGAGAAAAAGCGUGGACUGCAUUGGACUUGGAGUUAUGAGUUCUGCCUCCUACUGAUAUUGUGGGAUUCAUUGACUCGAGGGACUCCGCAGCUGCACCCUGCCACUGACACACUUCCAGCUUUCUAUAGAACAUAUAGGGAGCUCUGAAUUCCCAAGUAAAUCUGCACUAUUGAUCCCCAGAUAGAAAUAGAAAACGCACUUCAGAAUGGAUUCAGGGAGUCUCCACUGACUUUUUAAAGAAUGGCCUGUGACCAAUUUGAUCCCGUCUUAUCCCAAUAAGAUACUGUUUUAUUUUAAAGAAUUUAUAGAUUGUAAGCCUGUAAAAAACAUUAAAAACCCAAGGAUUUAAAGUUUUAAGCUUUUUUUAUACAGGUCUGACGGGAAACUUAUCUUCACGGGUAAAAUGUUUUAUAAAAAUCUCAAAGAACUUUUUAGAGAAGCGUGUUUCUAAAAUAAAGACGUGGCUAUUUUUUCUGUAAAAUAUAUUAUGAAUAUUCUGUUAGUCUGUAUUUAAUAUAAUUGUUUUUUUAAUAAACUUUAUUUAAAUGUAACAUGAAUACCAAAUGUUACACAAUAAUUUUGGUGUAUUCUACUGAACCUAUGCAAGUAAAAAAAAAAAAAAAACAACAAAAAAGCAAGGGGAUUAUAAAUAGGAUCACAUUUAUAUAAAUACUUACUUAAUCUGGAUGAUUCAAAAUUGUUUUGCUGAGUGAAGAAUAUGUUCCCUAAAGAGGCUAAGUUUCCCAGUGUUUUAAUCUGUCUCUUUCUUUAUUGAUAUAUCUAGGCGCACAUCACUGUAAUAUUUAGGUGCAAGGUAGAAAAUUAAUACUUCCAUUGAAACUGACCAUAACAGAGUCCUCUGUACUCUCUAACACACUGCAGCUGCUGUAACACAGCUUCUUUUUCUUCCAUCCCCCUUUAAAAUUGUUAAUACUAGCUUCAUUUUUUGUCCACAAAUAUUUUUCCUUCUAAUUAUGAAACUAUUUAAAACUUUUUUUAAAACUUGUAUCCAUUUUAUGUUGCCUUGUUGCAGUAAGCAAACUGAAGACCAUAUUCUACCUUCCUUCUGCCUGAGAAACUCCCAUUAAAGUCAGUGCCAAAAAUGUGUGGGCAUGAGGAUGUGGAACAACUGUGAGAUGUUGGGGACACAAUUUUGCCAUCACGUGGUUGCAAUUUACUGACUUCAGUGGGCAUUGCUUGCACCUGAGGCCUCAGUUGGAAGCAUUUAAUCCUGAAAAUCUAUUUUCUCUUUUAAUUUUAAUUCUAGAGACGGUGCGUUUUCAAUCGGAGAUUUUUUCAGUUAAGGAGACAUUUGGAGCUAGCUUGAGUCAGACUGCCCAUUCCAAUUCACGAAAUAUUAUUUGUAAAAAAUCAGUGGGAGCAUAUGACCCAUGGAGUUUAACAUACUUUAUGUCAGUGAAUGGUGCAACCUUAAAAAAUUUCAACCUAAUUUGUUAUCGGGUAAGUAGUUAGGAAUUAAAUGAUGUAUGUAAUCACUGGCCUUGUGCGAGUGAAACAGCCUUACACAGACCCUGUAUACUUUUAAAAUUAUUAAUCUGGCCAAACACAGUUUACUUGAACUUAAAUCCUAUCCUUCAAAAGAUUAGGAAAAAUGUUCACAAGGUAAUUUGUGUUCCAAAAUAUGUAGAAUUUUGAAUAUUUGAGUUUCAGAAAGUUGUGUAAACUGAAGGAAAUGCUGCAAUUGUUGCUUCUAUAAAGUUUUAUUGACAAAGCACUGAAAUGGCACUGUUUUUAGUUUUAACUAAGUCACUCUCAAAUAGUGUCACAUGAACAAGAAAUGUGAUCUGUCAGUAUGUGGGGACAUAACCAUAGGCAUGGUGCUAAAGGCCAAAUGAAUGAGAGAUGAGUCAGGCUUCAUGAUGGGGAAAAAAAAAUCCCUCAUUCCUGAACUACUGAAAAUGUGAGCUAGUAUCUGCACAGAAAAAGUGGAUGGAUGUCUUCCAUGCACAUUCUACCUACAUGCAAGAAAUGUUAAGAGCCUGUGGCAACGUUUCUGGCUUGUUUUAAAUCCUUGGCAGUUUAUUUUUUCCUCCUUGACAGCUAUAAGAACUAUACAUAGAUAAAUACCAUGGUUGACGAAAGUUCUGAAUGACAAAAUAUCUUUUACUGUAUAUACUGGACCACUUUUUAAAUGAAAAUUCUUUGACAACUUGACCAAAGCAAGCAGACUGGGAGUCCUUUGAAUUAUUUAAAAAAUACGAUUAAUUAAUUGACAUACUCUUGUGCUUGUGCAUUGUUAAUGAAUCUAGUCUUCUGUUUGUAACACACAAAAAACCAUAAAAGCAGCAAAAUUAUUUUUACAUUUAUGCAAGUCAGCUUCAAUAUUUUUUCCUGAGACUUGAUUUUUUUUAAAAUCAAAACAAAAAAUGUUUCCAAAAAUAGCAAGUAAAGUAUUUCUCCUGUAUUUUAAAACUUCACUCAUGUGCAGAAGUUGUCUGCUAUAUAUUUUACAUGGAUAUGGUAUAGCUACUCCAAUAUCAAACACUGCACUUGGUGUAUACAACUUCUCCAGCAGACAACUUACUGGUAUGAAAUACAAACUAACCUCAUUGCUAUCACAAAAACAGUUAUUAAGAUGAAGAUGAGCUAUUUUUUUCAUGUUACUAUUUCUAUUAAGACAAGGGUUCAAUUCAACAAACAAGUUAUAUGGGUAUUCAAUGUUUUUCUCAUGGAAAUGGUUGCAAAGAAGUCAGACUGUAUAAUGAGUACCCAGUUUAAACACAAAAUAUUUGUGGGUUAUAUUUGAGCAGUAGAAUGUGGGAAAAAUCAGGUAAAUGUGCAAAUGUAUAGGUCAUUCAGUAUCAGUGCAGGGAAAGAUCUUUCACAGGUAAUCCAGAUGAAAAUAUCAUAACAUUCGAAGAAGCUUCAUUAACGCUAAUUUUUUCCCUGCCAGUUUAGGUAAUUUUAUAGAGAAAGAUCAAGUUUAAUGUGAAUCUUAAUGUACAAAAUAUAAAUGUUAUUUUUAAAGAUAGACAAUAUAUAGAAGGUAUUGAUGAGGUAAGUGUUUAUUUUAACCAGAGUAAUACAUAGCUGCCUAGUAAGACCCCAUAAAUAACCAGAAUGCAAGUUAAAGCUUCCUGGAGGCAGCUCUAUUAUCUUUCAAGCUAUUUAAGAAAGUUUCCUUUUUUUUAAUAGACAUACUGUGCUAUAGUCUUUUGAGCUUAGAAUAUCCUUUUCCACCUUUUUGGCACACAUACCCUUCAGGGCAUAAUGUUAGCUAUUUGUGAGCUGGGGAAAGGAGGCUUCAAUGAAUACCAAAACCACAGAAUUAAUUAGUUUUUAGUACAGUCUGAACUUUUUAUGACUAAAUUCCAUAGAAGCAUUAACACAGCAUAAUUCUUUACUGAACUGAGCCCUAAAUUUAAGUAAUGGUUUUACAAAUCUGUAGGGAAAUCAUGUUUUGGUAUCUCUAGUCACUCUUUAAAACUGGGUAACUAUGGAUGGCUCCACAGAGAUUUUAUGUAUUAGCCAUACAAUUUAUAUUUAAAGUAUGAAAAGUGCUGAGCAACUUUGCUGGAUGCCAGAGCUUAAUAUUUAAAAUGAUAUGUUUAUAUGGUUAAAUAUUUUGUAAGUGGGCCAGCUGUGCCUUUUAAAAUUAUAGAUGUCUAUUAAUUUCUAUCAGCAGGAUGUUUGCUUCCUAUAAAAAAUGACCUUUAUUUCUCUUUUUUUUAAAUGAAUUCUAAAGACUAAGGAUAUUUGAAUAUUCCAAAGGUGUGCUUUUUGUGGUCAGUGCCUGUAAUAAGACUGUAUUUUCAAGUGUGUGAAGUUUAUUAUGUAUAGGGAUAUUAGGAGAGAAAUGUUUCUGUAUGUCCACUGGGGCUAUGCAUCUUCUUUCAACUGGAAGCCAUUUAGUCUGUCAGCAUAUGGUGUUUUACUGCCUAUAGCUCCCCAGCAUUGGAUUUUUGCACUAAACAGUGGGUUGUUUGAGAGAGUAUCGGCCUGUUUUGUACUAAAAACAAAAAAAUUCUAGGGGCAGCACUAAGAAACAGAACUGUGUUGUUUGUUGGGAAAAGAAUUUCAUUUAAACCACUGCCUGCAUUUUGUGCUGUGUAACUACUUCUAGUUGGAAUUUUUAAAAGCCAGAGCCACACACUGUUUUCCUGGGAAAAAUUCCAGAGUAAGAUUAAAAAUAUAUAUUAAUAA